AUCUAGAUAUAGAUUUGGAACGGAGGGAGUAUAGUUUAAGUUUUGACAGUAAACCAAAAUAUGAAUUUUGACAGUAAACCAAAAUAUGAAUUGGCCACAUUAUGGUAGUAGUACUGUUUUCUAAUAACAGAAUAAAGGACGAUGUUUACAGACACUUCGCCAUGGUAACAAUAAGUUACCACAAAACGGUGAAACCGGAAAUAGAGAAGAGGACCUUCGUAUGUGCCUAAACAAAUCCCAAAUGAUGAAAAGGAUAAAAGUAUUUACUUGAUAAAUGCAAAAAAUUAUUACUUUCAAAAUUUAAUUACUUGUAAAAAUGUUAUAAUCAAAUAAAAAGCAUUAUCAAGAUGAAAAGGAGUGAACUGUUUUCUCUUUCUUCUGGAUUUGGGCAUGUUUCUAUGCCAAUAAGUCUCAUUGGUGACAAGAGAGAGAUAUAAAGAUAGGUAAGUGAACGUACGUAAGUGUGGAGUGAGCAACAGCUAAUGAUACUUCAUAAUGUACAUAAUAAUAUCUGUGCACAAAAAAUCUCACAAUAACUGUGUUCUGAUCGAUAUAUGUUAAAGUUAAACUAGUUUGUACGCUUUCUUAUAUAUAGUAACUUGAAAUAGCUAAAAACCACUUGUUGUUAGUGCCUCGUUUAUAUCAAUCAAUCAAAAGGUAUAGAACAUCUAGUUGUAUAAAUUGGCCGUACGCCAAAAUGUUUUGUUAAGAAAAUCGGCAAUUGGACCGCCUGACCGCCAUUAGCAUCUUCAUGGAAACUUCACGUGCUGUUUCCCAGAACUAGCCAUUACAAACUUCACGCGGGAACUUCACACGCAACUUGCAAGAAGUCGGCCAUCAGAAAUUUCGCGGGAACUUCACAUGCUAUUUCCUAGAAAGCCAUCAGAAACCUCCCAGUAACUUCGCAUUGGCAGUGACAAUAGUGAUAGCUCCGCCCCUCCCUCCCGGUUCACACUCUUACUACUUCCAUUAAUUUGUUUUCAGUAGUACCUUUGUUAAGCUCUCCUCUUCCUAUGUAGUAGUAUAAAGCAAGCAGAAGCGUAUAGAGCAAAAAUGGCCGGCUGAUCCAUUAAUCCAUUAAUCCAUUCCCUCGCACACGGCCGGCUGAUCAAUGGCUUCAGAGCAGGAGAAGCGAUCCAUGGCCGAAGCUCUGCUGGAGCAGACACUGAUCCAGCCGGCACCCGAGGACCACGAGGGAGCAUGGGCGCCCUCGCUGCUGACGCUCGUCGGUUUUAAGUUCCUCACGUUCAGCUCGGCCAUGGCUGUGUCCUCGUGGUGCAGGGACUAUGGCGCCGUCGCCUUCGUCACCUUCUCCUACCUCGACCUCGUCAUGCUCUUCUACUGCCUGCGCCUGUACGAGAGGACGCCGCCGCCGGAGUCACCCCGGCGGGAGCUCCUCAAGAUGGUGAUGUGGAUCCUCGCCACCAUGCACACCAUUGCCGUUUUCAAGUUACUGGAGUUUAAUUUGGUUCCUAACGCUACGCCAUGAAGCAUUUGCGCUAGCGACUAGAACAGGUUUGUGCUGGUAGAUAUCGCACCUACUAACAACUUUGAGCCAGCACAAAUACCAUCUAUGCUGGUGGAUGCUCGCCCGCUAGCACAGUUGCACAGAUCCUUUCUGUGCUAGCGGGUGGUUACAUCACCCGUCCGUCAGGAAUAUAUAUUUUCCAUUCAGCACAAA